AUGGCAGUCUAUCACAGCGCCGAGGGUAGAAAGUUCUUCGUCCCGCUCGAGAACAAUCCCCAGGUCUUCACCAACCUGGCCCACGACCUAGGAAUGGACCCUAAGUUGUCGUUCCAUGAUGUCUACUCUCUCGACGAACCAGAGCUCCUGGCCAUGGUCCCGCGCCCAGCACACGCUCUCAUCUUCAUCACGCCCUCUAACACCUACCACGCCGUCGAGGCUGAAGACGUGGCCGCUGGCAAAAGAACAGCAGCGCCUCCGGACCGGAAAACCUACUCGAUGGAGGGCUUCGAUGACCUCUACCCGACGAAUGGGACUCCCCAACCUGUCCUUUGGUUCCCCCAGACAAUCGGCAACGCCUGUGGAAUGGUAGCCCUCGUCCACGCCCUGCUCAACGGCUCUUUGCGCGAGCGUCUUGUACCGUCAUCGCCACUAGCAGGACUUCUCGACGAGGCUCUCAAGUUGCCCUUGCCCACUCAGCACGCGGACCUGCUAUAUAACUCAGUCGUCAUAGAAGAGGCUCACAGCAAGGCGGCAGCUAGAGGCGAUACGGCAGCACCCGAUGCUCAAGAUCCUAUCGGGUAUCACUUCAUGGCUUUUGUGAAGGGGGCAGAUGGGAAUCUCUGGGGACUGGAUGGAAGUUUUGGUGGGAUGAUGUGUUAUGGGCCCGUGGGUGAGGGGGAGGAUAUGCUGAGUAGUAAGGUCUUGGAUAUCGGGGUGCGACGGUUCAUUAAGGCAGGGGAGGGCAGUGCCGAGUUUAGUAUCAUUGCGCUUUCCGAGGGAGAGUCUUAG